CAGAAAAAUCUUUUCACACUUGCAGGAAACGCAUGCGCAUAGAGGAAACCAACUGGUUUGUGUCAAGCCGAGGCAGACGGACGUGAUCGAGCCAAAAAUCACCUGUAUUCUGGCAUUCAUGGUGACACAUCCAUGGGCUCAGAGCGGGAGGAGAUGCGUAAGAGACAGAUGCAGGUUCAUCAAGAAGCAGCUGCCAGUGUCCUCCAAGCGCGCCACAGAAUGGGAAACACCCCCACCAACGCCUCAAAUGCCUGCUGCUUCUGCUGGUGCUGCUGCUGUAGCUGUUCCUGUUUGACUGUUAGAAACGAAGACGAAACAAUACAAAGGUCCACGUUUGAGAGCAGGACGGACAAAACCACUAAUUGCGAAGAAAGCCCGAAGCCUACUCUGGAAGACACUCGCUCCUGGGCGAUGUCAUUUGAAAAGGUGAUGAAAAGUGCAGCCGGGCGAAGCUGCUUCAGGCAGUUCCUGAGAACAGAGUUCAGCGAGGAGAACAUGAUGUUCUGGCUCGCCUGCGAGGAGCUCAAAAAGGAGACGAACAAGACUGUGGUCGAGGAGAAAGUCCGCCAGAUCUAUGAGGACUUCAUCUCCAUCCUUUCCCCUAAAGAGGUCAGUCUGGAUUCACGCGUCCGAGAAGUGAUAAACCGCAAUAUGCUUGAGCCGACCUCGCACACGUUCGACGACGCUCAGCAGCAGAUCUACACGCUGAUGCAGAGAGACUCGUACCCCCGCUUUAUAAACUCAUCUGCGUACACAGAUCUGCUGAAGAGCCUGGAGGAGUCUCAGUCUCCCUCUGAGCCAUAGACUCUCCACUGCCACACAAUGCUUUCUAGCGCAUGCGUCCCACCCGAAGGAGUUUCGUGUUCAUGUUGGAGUCCUGCUAUUUAAAGAAAGACAGACGUGAAAAUGAACACUACUUAUCCAGCUGUAACUGCUGUUUAUUUACCCACGAUUAGCUUACCAAAACCUUUGGAGCAAACAAGAACAAAUGCUCGGUUCAGCAUCAGUUACUUGUCUAAAACAUAUCUAUAUUUUUAUAUACUCCCUAGCGCUUGACAUUGCACUUUUCUACCUUGUUUAAUGAGGGAACGCAUGUAUCUGUGAGCACUGCAUUUGUAUUUAGGUAUAUUGUGAGCCUUAAUGCAUAUCCAGUUCUUGUAGAAACUAGUAGUUUUUAUUUAACGGUAAAAUUAAGAAGAAGGAAAGUGCCUUGGAAUAAGAUCUUCUACACUAGCACCUUUGGUCUAAAACGAAUGGUGCGACAAUGACUUCACACGUUGGUGCUUUUAGCUCUUCUCAAAGAUCAAAGUUUUUACAACUUGACGAGCUGAUACCCAGAAAUAGAUCUUGUCUUUGUGUUUCAAUACUGUGAUACUAGUCUAUAUUUAAUUUAAGCAAAACAGGGAAAAACAAACUGAAUACAUGACCAUGACCACUGAUAUAUUUGCGUAUUUAAAAAGGAAUUUGUGUGAAAUAACUAUAUGAGUUCUCACAUAAAUAAAGCACAAUCAUAUGUUGCUUCUCCUGUCAUGUGUCAAGAACAUUUACAGUAGAGUCUAUGCUUUCACCUGAUUAUGUAUUGCACAUGUAGUACUGUAGUUUUGCAGUGUGUUAAGAACAGUUUUCAGAAAUGAUUUACACUUUAGGACAGCCAAUAACAUAUUGGCUGUCCUACUUAAUCAGGUAAGAAGGCUGAUGAAAUCCCAGGUGCUAAUAUUGUAUCUACAAUUAUGUAAACCCAAAUGCAGGAGGACAGGAAUGAAAGAAAGCAGAAGAGAGACUACAUGUGUUUAAAUGAGAGGGGGGCAGGUGGAAAAGUGAAGGGGGAUGAUUUUAAAUGCCUGGGAUCAACCAUCCAAAGCAGUGCACGAGAGAAGUGAAAGAGAGUAAAGGCAGGGUGGAAAGAGUCAGGGGUGAUUUGUAAAAGAUGGCUAGAGAUAAGAGUCAAAGGGAAGGUUUAUAAUAUGCUAGUGCUAUGAUGGUUUGGAGAUUGUGGCUCUGAUAAAAAGGCGGGAGGCCGAGCUAAAGAUUUUCACUGGGAGUGGCCAGAGUGGACAGGAGUAGAAAUAAGUAUAUCGGAGGGAGUUUGGAGAAAAAGUCUGAGAAGCAAUGCUGAGAUGGUUUGGUCAUGUGCAGAGGAAGGAUAGUGGAUAUGCUUGACCAAGUAUGCUGAAUAUGGAGCUGCUAGACAGGAUGAAAAGAGGAAGACCUCAGAGCAGAUUCAUGGAUGAGGGGAAAGAGGACAUGCAGGGGGUUGGUGUGACAGAGGAUGCUGGGAUAGGGGGAGAUGGAGGCAGAUGAUUCACUGUGGUGACCACUAAAGGGAGGAGCUGAAAAAAGAAGAAAUCUGAGAAGCUGGCAGCAAUAAAUAUUUGGCCUUUUAGCUUGGCGAUGUGCCUUAAUUAAUAAUUCAUCACCAGACAAGAGCUACAUUAAUAAAAAAGAAAAACAUUUAACAACAGGCCAUUUAUUGUGAGAGAGUAGGUAUUAAACCAUGAAAUGUAGCCCUAGUUGUUAUGAUACAUACAAUUCCUGCAAGAAAUGGCUCGUCUCAAUGAAAAGUAGCUUCACAAUCAAGCAACUACCGUUAGUUACUCUACUGUAACACUGAGGGUUGUGUGUGGCUCCAGGUCAGGAUGCAGCAUCAGUACAGUCAUGCCUCUCGCAGGCUGACAGCCCCGUUCUUAUCUAUGAGUAGCAGCAGGUUUCUUUUUUUUUUCUUUCUUUUAUUUUUUAAUUAAGUAAG